CAUCAGACUAUUCAUACAGGAGAGAAAGCAUUUUCAUGUGCUCAAUGUGGAAAAUGUUUUACAUGGAGAACAAAUUUUAUUAAACAUCAGAAAAUCCAUACAGGGGAGAGAGAAUUUUCAUGUUCUGAAUGUGGGAAGUAUUUUACCUGGAAAUUGAAUUUUAUUAAACAUCAGAAAAUUCACACAGGAGAAAAGGCAUUUUCAUGUUCUGAAUGUGGGAAAUGUUUUAUCCAGAAUUCAAAUCUUAUUAGUCAUCAAAAAAUUCAUACAGGAGAAAAAACAUUUUCAUGUUCUGACUGUGGGAAAUGCUUUACUAUGAAAUCAAGUCUUAUUUAUCAUCUGAAAAAUCAUACAGGAGAGAAAGCAUUUUCAUGUUCUGAAUGUGAAAAAUCUUUUACUAUGAAAUCAAGCCUUAUUAUGCACCAGAAAAUUCAUACAGGAGAAAGAGCAUUUCCAUGUUCUGAAUGUGGAAAAUGUUUUACCCGGAAAUCAAAUUUUAUUAGACAUCAGAAAAUGCAUACAGGAGUAAGAGGAUUUUCGUGUUCCGAAUGUGGUAAAUGUUUUUCCCAGCAGUCACAUCUUCAUACUCAUCAGACUAUUCAUACAGGAGCAAAAGAAUAUUCAUGUUCUGAAUGUGGGAAAAGUUUUACCCGGAAACCAAAUCUUAUUAGGCAUCAGAAAAUUCAUCAUACAGGAAAGGAAGAAUAUUCAUGUUCUAAAUGUGGGGAAUUUUUCCAUAACUAUUCAGAACUAAAUAAAAAACAUGUGAUGAAUGCUUUUGCUUGUUAA